AUGGCUGAGUAUACGAACAUGGACUUGUGUCCACUUCCUCUUCCUCCUCGUUCACAGUCAAUACCAAAUCCAGCGCGGGUGUCGAUAUUAAAAUCUACAGCAAGUGUAGAGAAACAAAAUUCUAUAUAUGCAGGCACUAAUCACUCUGCUCGCAAACUUCAGGUAGUUUUGGUCAUAGAUCGGAAAGCAUCAAAGAAUCUUCGUGUUCGAGAAAUGGCUUGCGCUGAUUUGCAGAAAGUAGCAGAAUCUCUGAAUGUUAAUCUUACGCGCUUGGAUUUUGAUCGUUUGGAUUUUGGUGAAACAAAUGCAUUGGAUGUGUUUUAUAAUGCAGAUGUAGCAUUAGUGGACAUAUCUUUAAAGCAGCAAGUUCCGAGCCUGUGUUAUCAUAUAGGGGUUCGUGAGUCAAUGGGUCAAUCUUUUAACGUUAUUCUCAACCAUUUUACCGAGGGCACUUCUGAGUUUAUUGUGAAUACCACAAAGAAGGCUUUAGCACACCUCCCAAUGAUUGUUUACGUCUUUUCAAAUGAUCAGUCCUGCUUAGUAACGAUCGACAAGACCUCAAAAAUUGACAAUAUAACGCAACUCAAGGCCGAUUUUGAGCAGAUGCAAAUUAAUGACAAGGACAUGAACAAUUCUCAGCCAGCCCAUCUAAAAAAUGGCCGUUUAAUGUCGUUUCAAACUCGUAUGAAACAGGCAUUGAAAAAUGUCCAGAUCGAUGCUCUUGCUCACGCGCGAGAGAAAUUCUUGUCUGACUUACGUAAAGUUAGGGAGAUUCCAGAUCUUGAAGAGGCAAAUAAACUUUUGGAUAAAAUGCGCUAUCGUUUGGACGACCCAGAAGUGCUUUCGGUUGACACCCUUCAUCAAUAUAUGCUUAGCUAUAGAGAUAACCAAAACUAUGAUGCGAUGAUUAGUUUAGUGGACGACUUGAGUCGUAUUGAAAACUGUUCUAUUGUCAAUGCUCCAAUAAUCCGGUUUCUGUACUCAUUCGCAUUGAAUAGGCGAAACAAAGCUGGUGAUCGUGACAAGGCUCUUGAUCAGGUACUUCAGAUUGUAGGCCAUGAACAUGCGAACGUUUCUCCUGAUGUAAUCUGUUUGGCUGGUCGCAUUUACAAAGAUAAGUUUAUUAGCAGUAAUUAUGAAGAUCGGGAGUCACUUGAUAAAGCGAUUGAUUGGUACCGUCAAGCUUUCGAAGUUUCUCCUUUGGAAUAUUCUGGGAUCAACCUUACCACGUUACUUCGAGCUCGAGGGGAAACAUUUGAAAAUAACAAUGAAAUGCAACAAAUUGCUGUUGUGUUAAAUAGCUUACUUGGUCGCAAAGGUGCACUGGCAAAUCUGACUGAUUAUUGGGAUGUUGCAACAUUUUUUGAAGUUUCCGUACUAGCUGAAGAUUACUUGAAAGCUUGUCAGGCUGCUCUGAAAAUGGCCAUCCUGAAGCCUCCAAUCUGGUUUCUCAAAUCUACUAUGGAAAAUAUUAAACUUAUAAACCGCUGUGCUGCUACUUUGUCGCCGGUCGAAAAAGAGAAGCAACAAUUUUUAUUUUGGUCAGAAUUUUUUAUGGAAAGCAUUGAUUCGGAGAAUGAGAUAUUGUGUGCCAGAUUUCCAGUUUUGAUCCAAGAAGUAACCAGAGAAUAUACGCCUAGUUACCUUACGCUGAAUAUGGCAGAAGGUACUAUUUUACUUAGCCACGUUCUAGAAAACAGCCAGCAGAAGAAGCCUCCACCAGGAAUACAUCGUUGGCAGUUCGCAGCAGCAAAUAUCAAGGCUGUGUCUGCAUCGAAACGUGAUGACCGGUCAAUGUAUCUUUAUGUGCACGAGAAUUCUGACGAUUUCAAUCUUAUUUUUCCCUCUUCAUCACACUGCAAGAAGGUUAUGUCUGCGAUAGUUGAAAUGACAAAUGAUCUAGAUGGAAAUGUGGGGAAGGUACUGAAUGACUGCGAGGCUGCAAAAUGUUUAGAGUUUGAAUAUGAACUGGAUAAGUCUGGGAAUCGCGUUGUGCUGGGCCAAGGGACUUAUGGAAUUGUGUAUUCAGCAAGAGAUAUAACCACACAAAGGUCCAUAGUCGUAAAAGAAAUUGAAGUCAAAAAUGAAGAGGAGGUGCAGCCAUUAAUGGAAGAAAUACAGCUCCAUUCAACUUUGUCACAUCAAAAUAUAGUUCAGUAUCUUGGUUGUCGGGUCGAUCAGCAGCCAUCUGGGAAGAGCGUAUUCUUGAUAUUUAUGGAGCAAGUUCCUGGAGGCAGUCUAAGUUCUCUCCUUCGUAGUAAGUGGGGGCCACUGUUUGACAAUGAACAGGCGAUGGCUAUUUAUGGGAAACAAAUUCUUGACGGGUUACAUUACUUGCAUGAACAAAAAAUAGUGCACCGAGACAUCAAAGGGGACAAUGUUUUGGUCAAUACUUACAGCGGUGUCUGUAAGAUUUCUGACUUUGGGACGUGUAAAAGGCUAGCAGGACUCAAUCCAGUGACCGAAACGUUUACAGGAACUCUGCAGUACAUGGCUCCGGAGGUAAUUGACCACGGAUUACGCGGAUACGGGGCCCCUGCAGACAUCUGGAGUUUUGGAUGCACAAUGGUGGAGAUGGCGACUGGACGUCCGCCAUUUGUUGAAAUGGGUUCGCCGCAAGCAGCCAUGUUUAAAGUGGGGAUGUUCAAGGCCCAUCCACCAAUUUCUGAAAAACUGACUGAAAGAUGCCAGAGAUUCAUUAGGAGAUGUUUCGAACCGGACCCUGUUAAAAGGGCUACAGCUGCCACAUUGUUAGUAGACCCGUUUAUUCAGCAGUACGUACGUCACUCGACAAGAACGGGAAGCGCAAAUAAGAAACACCUUGAAUCGUUGAAAACAGCAAGAGAUAUGCAACGAUCUUUAUCACAUAUUGGUAGCUCAAAUAAUGUGCUUUCUGAGGUAGUCAAGGAGGCGGAGUUAAAUAGGAAUCUAAGAUCUCUAAUUGAUGGUCCUAAUCGAUCAAAUUCGUAUUCUCCAGAUAGUUACUCUACUGUUCCAUCUGUUUGCUCAUCCCAGUACAGUCAACCGACUUCUCCAAUAAUUGAUGAUAAUACGCAGCCGCAGUUGACUCCAAGUCCGUCUUUCGGUAGUGCUAACGGAUUACAUCCUCUGCCGUCUCAACUGGGUACUAUAGCUAGGACAUGCCCAGAUGAAAGUGGCGUUUCGAACAGGUUUUUUAUGUUAAAAAAGGACUCGGAACGUCGGAGCACAUUAUGCAAGAUUAUGGAAGAGUAUGAAAUCCAGAUUCUUGACAUUUGGCACGAACAUCUGUUGAAAAGCCAGUUAACUUCGGAGUUAUUGGUCACGAAGGAAAUGCUCUCAAACUUACUGACAGGAAUGCGCAUUUAUCUUUUAAAGAGGGAUAUGCAUCCAAUUAAGGAAGCUAUUGAUACUAUAAGAGCCCAGCUGGAUUAUGAGCCAACUGCAAUUUCUCAAGUGAACUUGGCUCUGUAUGCCUUUUCUGAUGCUGUACAGCCAACACUGAAGCAACAAAAUAUCAAGCCACACUGGAUCUUCGCGUUAGACAAUCUUAUCAGAAGCGCUGUGCAGGCAGCUGUGUCAAUACUAUCUCCCGAUCUCUCUGCAGUUCUUUCUGUGCAAGAUGUUCCCGACAAUCGUUUAUCUACCUCCAAAGAUAGUGCUGGUUCUCACAGUGAGCAUUCAACUUUGGAUAGCCGUCCAGGAUCCACUAAUUUUGCAACUCGUGAAGUACUCAUGGCUUCGUUUGCUGAGCAUAAGAAGCUCGCUGAAGAGAACAGAAAGUACAAUUUUUCUACUUCUGUAGCUAUGUUGUUCGAAGAGCUGAUUGUUGUUGAACGUACUUACAAGGAGUUACUGCAAACAACGUUGAAAGAGAAGAAGACUAGAGUCGGGCGGCUUGCGUCUUUCUUAACGGCGGGAAAAGGGGAUUUAAGUGGAACGUCUGUUGAAAACACGGGGUCACCGUCUUGUAGCAGUUCUGGAAUUCCGAAUUCAAGUUUAGGUGCAGUUACUACUGUAGGAUUUAUUUCUUGCCCCAGUGAUGACCAGCUUAAUGAACAGAUCCAUUUUGUAGACAACGUCAGUGGAGAUCGUUCUCCUCUUGAAUCGAACAUUGUUUAUGAUGAUGAACUGGCCAAAUGGUUGCGAAGUAUUGGCUGUGAUUCUCGUACUAUACAAAUAAUUGAGGAGCAAGAGUAUACUAAAAGUGAUCUUAUGGAUUAUGUUACAAGGGAUGAACUGCUCCGGAUGGGAUUAAAAGGUGGAGUGACUUGUCGUAUUUGGCGGGAGAUUGUCAGUUAUAGAAGGCGGCAAGAACCAAUGUCUGCUUGUGUGCGUGCAUGUUUGUUUCUGUGUAUGUGUAGCAGCUACUUCAAGCUCACGUUCAAAGUAGGACUUUGUUAUUUCGGAAAAUUAUUUGUGUUUUUCAUUUUUGACGUAAAUUUGAGUCAGUCUUCCGGUAUUUUUCAUCUUUUUUAAUG